GAGGAAGCAACGCUAUUUGUAACAAGUAAAGAAAACCCUAAAACCCUAGAAAUUCAAAAUUGAGCUGAAGAAGGCUUCACAUUCAAUAGGAAGAGAAAUCGGAGGGAAGGAGGAAGCGAUGGACUUCGACGAGUACGAAUACCUGGAGAAGACAGUGGAGGAAGACGUUGAUUCCUCCAAGAAGAAGAAGGAGAUCACCGACAAGACCGAGAGGACUUACCGGAGGCGCGACGUCGACGAAGAUCUCGACGCCGACGACAGAAGGACCAAGAGGUCAAGGGCCGACGACGAGAACGGCGCUUCCAAGAAGGAUCGCGACAGAGACCGAGACCGUGACCGUGACCGCGACCGCGACCGUUCCUCCGGCCGUCACAGGAGCGAGAGGGAGAGAGACGGAGAGAGGAAAGAGAAGGAUAAGGAUAGAGAGAGGAGGGAUAAGGAUAAGGACAGGGAUAGGGAUAGGGAUAGGAGUAACCGGGAUAGGGAAAAGGAGCGCGAGAGAAGAGAGAAGGAUAGGGAGAGGGAGAGGGAGAGGGACGAGAAAGAGAGAUCCAGAAGGAGCAGGAGCCGCUCCGUGAGAGAUAGAGAGCGAGAUUUCGAAAUGCGCGAUGGCCGGAGAUUUAGGGAUAAGAAAGAGGCUGUGGAACCUGAGGCAGACCCAGAAAGGGAUCAGAGAACUGUUUUUGCCUACCAGAUGCCUUUAAAAGCAACUGAAAGAGAUGUCUACGAGUUCUUCUCAAAAGCUGGCAAGGUGAGAGAUGUCCGUCUGAUCAUGGAUAGGAACUCAAGACGAUCUAAAGGAGUUGGGUAUAUUGAAUUUUAUGAUGCAAUGUCAGUGCCAAUGGCUAUUGCUCUCUCUGGUCAACUUCUUCUUGGGCAACCUGUAAUGGUGAAACCUUCUGAAGCUGAAAAGAACCUUGUUCAAUCUAAUGCUUCUGGUGGAGCGGCUGGUGUAGCUGGGCCCUAUGGAGCUGUUGAUAGAAAAUUGUAUGUGGGGAAUCUUCACUUCAACAUGACCGAGAGUCAGCUGCGGGAGAUUUUUGAGCCAUUUGGUCCGGUUGAGGUUGUCCAACUGCCUCUUGACCUGGAGACAGGACACUGCAAGGGUUUUGGGUUUGUUCAAUUUACCCAUCUUGAACAUGCCAAGGCAGCUCAGAGUUUGAAUGGAAAAUUGGAGAUUGCUGGCAGGACUAUCAAGGUUUCAUGUGUAACAGAUCAUGUUGGAAGCCAAGAUACAACUGCAAAAUCUGCAGACUUGGACGAUGAUGAAGGUGGACUGACAUUAAAUGCACACUCAAGAGCAUUGCUUAUGCAAAGGCUGGCCGGCACUGACAUUCCUGCAAGCAUAGGUAUGCCUGGUUUGAAUGGGUCAGUUCCAGCUCAGCAGGCUAUUAGCUUGCCUCUUGGUGCAUCAGUCCUACCAACACAAGUUAUGCCUACCCCAGUGGUAGAACCUGUAGGAAGCCCCAGCGAGUGUUUACUUUUAAAGAAUAUGUUUGAUCCGAGCACCGAGACAGAGCCAGAUUUUGAUAUAGACAUUAAAGAGGAUGUAGAGGAAGAGUGUUCUAAAUAUGGCCGGGUGAAGCAUAUUUUUGUUGACAAGAAAAGUGCGGGUUUUGUUUAUUUGCAGUUUGAAACAGUGGAAGCAGCGAGUGCUGCUCAACGUGCAAUGCACAUGAGAUGGUUUGCGCGCAGGUUAAUUUCAGCCAUCUUCAUGCAACCACAGUUAUACGAAGCCAAGUUUAAAGGGGAGGUUUAAAGAAGUUCAUACAUGCUUCGAGGCUCCUGAAGAUACAAGCAUAAUUCUGUGGCCUUAGCUUUCAUAAAUUAAGUUCUAGUUUAUAGAUUUUGAUUCAUGAAUUGUAUUAGAUGUAUGAUUACAGAAAUGGUAAUGUCCCAAUAUUGGCGAUAUUUAUGAUCAGUCUAACGUUGCGCAUGUCAAUGUAUUUAACAAUCUCGCCUUGCUAUUUUUUCUUA